UCUUGAAGCAUGCUUGAAUGGAGGUGACCUUAGUUAUUAAGAAAUUGUAAAGUAAAGCUGCUCGGCGACCGCUUUGCCGUGGACACCGCAGGUACAGCUAGUCCGCUCCGGUUUAUAUACUAAACUCGUCUUAAACAUUAGUGAAGACUUUGCGCAGAGAGCAGAGAUGGCAGAGGCACAUCAGGCACGCAUGCAGAACGUGGUGGAAGAAAUGGUUCAAAGUCUGGAGAGGGACCACAUCCGUAAAAUGCAGGGUCGCAUGUUCCGCUGCAGUGCAGAGUGCUGUGAUCGCCCCUCAGACUCCAUGUCUCAGGUGCAUCAGUGCAUCGAGAGGUGUCACACUCCUCUGGCCAAAGCUCAGGGACUGGUCACUUCAGAGCUGGAGAAGUUCCAGGACCGCCUCACCAGAUGCACGAUGCACUGCAACGAUAAGGCGAAGGAUCUGUUUGACUCCGGCGCUAAAGAGCCAGCUGUUCGAUCGCUGAUGGACCGCUGUGUGGGCAGCUGUGUGGAUGACCACGUUAACCUGAUCCCCAGCAUGACCCGAAGGCUCAGAGAGAAUUUGGACUCUAUAGAGCAGUGAGGGGUGGAAUGGGCGGCUGGAGAUGCGCACACACACACAGCAGUGCAGGGUUAGUCAGCUCAGCCAGUUUGACCAGUUACAACUGAAGAAUCGAGGGCUGGAACACCAUGACAGGGCUGGGAGAGUGAACUUUGUAAUGGAUCAUUUGAUGCAAAACAUUUUGGCAAGUUUUAGAGGCUGUGACUGAAUGUUGGUGUUGUGGAGAUUUAAAACUGUUCGCUGUGAGAUUUGUUAUUGUACCACGUGUAACCGACAAACAGCGGAGACUGGGAGCUGAGAGGUUCGGACUUGUCAGAUCCUGAUUUAUCUGCAACGAGCAAGAAAUCCAGUCAUCUAUCUGGUGUCACGUCACCAUGUGAACAAGACGGCAGCUCAAAAAAAGCUUUGAAGAGACCUGUUGGGUGUGCAUUAAAAAAAAAACAUGCAUAUGAGUGUCACAUUUUAAAACAGAGUACAACGUCAUGUAUUCAUGUGUUAAGUUGUGAGUGUCCUUUAUGUUUAACUGCUCUCAGCCAUGUUUCAUUUUGAAGUUUAGUAUGGAAGUUCCUCUCCAGUAUGGGCCCUCUCAUCCCUCAUUCUUUUUUU